ACAAAUUAACUAUACAAAUUGUUCAACAUAAAUCUAGAAAAGUCAAGAAAAUUGAAGCAUAUCACAAAUUAUCCAUAAACAACAUGAUUAAUUGAAACCUUGUUCCUCCUUGGCAAUUAAGCUUCUUCACUCUCCACUCGAUAAUAUCAACUUCAUUCUACACAAUUCGAAAGAAAAAAUUAGACAUAUCUCCACAAACAUAAAGAAGAUUAGUUGUUUAGAAUAUUAAUAUACCGGAAAAUUAAUUAUAUGGGUGUGGGCGAGUACCCAUGAGGCAGGUUUAUCUAAACCCUAACCCAAUCCAACCCGAUGAAUAGUAAACAUGUUUAAACCCAAACCCGGUCCAAAACCCGUUAAUACGAAUUUUACCCGUGUUGACCGGAUUAGGUCGGGUAGGGUACCAAUGAGUUCGGAUUUUGUUGUCAGUUGAUUCCCUCUCUCUCACUUCUCCCCAUCUUCUUUAUUUCGUUUUUGUUUCUGUAAUAAUAAACGAAAAGAAUCUGGGGAGACGAGCACGGGCUUCUUCUUCCUCGAGGCACUUAAUCAGAUCGGUUUUUGUUAUCGUCGGAAUUGAACUCCGUCUGAUCGGAAUCGUCGCUACUCUUUAACUUCUAUCUGUUAAUUUUUUCCACCCGACCAUGGGACGAGGAAAGUUCAAGGGGAAGCCCACUGGGAAACGCCAGUUCUCGACUCCCGAAGAGAUGCUUGCUGGGAGCUCUUCACGCCCAAGAACAUUCAAACGGGAGGAAGCUGCAUAUGAGGAGGAGAAAGCUGAAGAAGAAUCAAGUGAGGAGUCUGGAGAAGAAUCUGGAGAUGAAGAGUCUGAUCAAAGAAGAAAAGGAACUGAAGGUCUUAUCUCAAUCGAGAACCCAAAUCUUGUGAAGCCAAAGAAUUUGAAGGCUAAAGAUCUUGAUAUGGGGAAAACAACUGAGCUUUCUAGACGUGAAAGGGAGGAGUUGGAGAAACAGAGGGCACACGAGCGAUACAUGAGGCUCCAAGAGCAAGGCAAAACUGAGCAAGCUAGGAAGGACUUGGAGCGUUUAACUCUCAUUCGCCAACAGAGGGCUGAAGCUGCUAAGAAACGGGAAGAGGAAAAGGCUGCUAAAGAUCAGAAGAAGGCAGAAGCAAAGAAGUGAUUCUUCCCAGGAUGGAGAAGGGAAGGCAGCCUUAGUUGUACUGAAGAAGGAAGCUGCCCUGCCUAGUUUAUAAUUAUCUCUUUCUGACACACAUUGUACCAGCAGCAAACCGGUAUUUGAUAUGCAGCACAGUUAGUACACAACAGGGUGCUAAUUUGUUUUGCUUUUUAGCCAGAAGCUCCGACUUGUGGAUUUCAAUACAAGAAUUUUCAUUCUCCUUCCUUGUCUUCUUAAUUGCACAGUCUGUUGCUUUAGUCCCAGAGAUCGCUGCACUGUAUUUCGGAUAGUAAAUAGCCAAUCGUGGACGCUCCUCACUCGGAAGGAUGCACUUGCAGAAUAUUGGUUGAACCUCUUACACCUGCCUAAAAAGAUGAUAAUAUGAGAAAGCUUUCUAAUGAAACUCUGGAGCUGAC